AUGGCUCGCUCAUCGCUGCGCAAGAGGCAAGUCGUCAGCUACAACGAAGAUCACGACGAGGACGUCAAGCCCGUCUCCAAGCCGGCCCCUCGAAGAACAGCCAGCGCACACACUGGUGCCAUUUCCAAGGCUGCCGUGAAGCGCAAGGCCGAACCCGAGCCCGAGAACGAGGCACCCGCUCCGGCGACCAAGGCGACCAAGAAGCGCAAGACCAAGGCCAAAGACGAGGACGCCAUGCCGCUCGCCGACCGCACCGCCGUGCCGUCGCUCAAGAAGGCCAUGUACAUUGGCGCCCAUGUCAGUGCCGCGGGAGGUGUCCAGAACUCCAUCGCCAAUGCCGUCCAAAUCGGCGCAAACUCAUUCGCCCUCUUCCUCAAAUCGCAGCGCAAAUGGACCAACCCGCCCCUCGAUCCGGCCGCCAAGACGCAGUUCAUCAGCCAGUGCAAGCACCACAGCUACAGCGCCGCUGAACAUGCCCUUCCCCACGGCUCCUAUCUCGUCAACCUCGCCCAGGCCGACGAGACCAAGGCCGACCAGGCCUACUCCAGCUUCGUCGACGACCUGGAUCGCUGCGAACAGCUCGGCAUCCGCCUGUACAACUUCCACCCGGGCUCGACGAACGGUGACUCCAGGCCCGCUGCUAUCGGACGCAUUGCGGCGCAGCUGAACAAGUCCCACAAGGCGACCAAGACGGUGGUUACCGUGCUGGAGAAUAUGGCGGGCAGCGGUAAUGUCAUUGGCGCAACCUGGGAGGAUCUGCGGGACAUCAUCGAGUUGGUUGAGGAUAAGGACCGUGUGGGCGUCUGCAUCGACACCUGCCAUGCCUUUGCAGCCGGACAUGAUAUGCGGACACCGGAGGCCUUCAAGAAGACCAUCGACGCCUUCAACGACAUUGUCGGCGAAAAGUACCUGAAGGCAUUCCACCUAAACGAUAGCAAAGCCCCAUUCGACUCAAACCGUGACCUCCACGCCAACAUCGGCACUGGUUUUCUUGGCCUACGCGCCUUCCACAGCAUCAUGAACCACGAGGCCUUCCAGGGUAUGCCCAUGGUCCUCGAGACACCUAUCGACCGCAAGGGCCCCGAUGGCAAGUCCGUCGAGGACAAGCAGGUCUGGGCGGACGAGAUCAAACUUCUCGAGCGCCUCGUUGGCAUGGACGCCGAGAGCGACGAGUUCGCAACCCUCGAGGAGGAGUUGCAGGCCAGGGGCACGCAAGAGCGGAACAAGAUCCAGGACCAGGUGGAUCGCAAGGCGGAGAAGGAUUCAAAGAAGGGAACGCGGGGGAAGAAGGCCCCUGCCAAGAAGAAGAAGAAGGUCGACUCGGAUGACGACAGCGAGUAG